AUGCCCGAGGGUCACAGGUUCCCCAUGCCCGUGUUCCGGGAGAUAUAUCGCAGGCUGCUAAGAGAGGGUGUCGCGGUGCCGGGCAAGAACCUGUUCCAACCCGCUCGGAUGCCCAGCCUGGAGGAGCUCACCGCGGUGCACGACGAGGAAUACGUCAACAAGUUCAUGAUCGGCGCCAUGUCCGACGAGGAGUUGAGGCGGAUGGGCCUGCCGUGGACCGAGGACCUGGUGGAGCGGACCCUGUCCGAGGUGAGCGGCACCAUGCUCUGUGCGGACCUGGCUCUCACCUGUGGGCUGGCGGUGAACACGGCGGGUGGGACCCACCACGCGCACAGGUCGCACGCGUCCGGGUACUGCAUAUUUAACGAUCUCGCCGUCACCGCUAAGAGGGUCAUCGCGCGGGGUGCGGUGGAGCGCGUGCUGAUCGUGGAUUUAGACGUCCACCAAGGUGACGGAACCGCGUCAACCACGGCUGCCGACCCGGGGAUAUACACGCUCUCGGUGCACUGUGAGGAUAACUUCCCGGCUAAGAAGUCGACGAGUUCUAGGGACGUGGCGCUGCCCACAGGCACGGGGGACGAUGCGUACAUCAAGACGACCGAGGCUGCUUUAAGGGAAUCCAUCGAAGAACACGGUCCCCAGCUGGUGCUGUACGACGCAGGCGUGGACGUGCACGGUGCCGACGACCUCGGGGGUUUCAACCUGACGGACGAGGGUCUGAUUCGGCGGGAGGCGCUGGUGCUGGACACGUGCGUGGGACGGGGUAUACCCGUCGCGGCGGUGGUGGGCGGGGGAUACGACAAGGACUUAGAGGCGCUGGCGAGGAGGCACUGCAUCCUGCACCACGUGGCUCGAGAAAUAUUCGAGUCCAACAAGUUGUGA